AUGACACUUUUCACGCAGGAAGUUCACAAUACAGGGAAUGGCGUAGUGGUACCCAAUUCCAACAUCUUACCAAAGCUAUGCGACGAACAGCAAAAUCUGGUGGACUUGAUUCUAUGUGGACGCAAUGUUUUUUUCACCGGCUCAGCGGGCUGCGGAAAGUCUACUGUUUUAGAAGCUGUUGUCAAAGAGCUAAAAGCAAAGCACAAACGAGUUGACAUCAUUGCUCCCACUGGUCGGUCUGCACUUCUAGUACAAGGCAUGUCGACUUGGUCUUACAUGGGCUGGACACCCGACUUUCAUAAGUAUUCUCUGGAAAGAUUGAAAAGCGAGGGAUUUCGCACCUACGUCGCGGCUCGUCUGAGACGUACUGAAGUCCUAAUCAUUGAUGAGAUCAGCAUGGUUGAGAAUCAUCAUUUGGAGCGCAUAAAUAUCUGUAUGAAGGAAGUUCGAUGCUGGGAUUCAAAUCUCAAAGGUCCUUCUAGCGAUGCCCCUGCCUUUGGAGGAGUUCAAGUGGUUGUGACAGGAGACUUCUGCCAACUACCUCCUGUGAGACCAUUCCAGUUCUGUUUGAACUGCGGACUGGAGACAAAUCUCGAUAGUGAUGGACUUAAGUAUAGCUGCCCUGAAAACCACGGGCCGUUCAGGGACGAAGACAAAUGGGCCUUUCGGAGUGCUGCUUGGGAAGAAGCAGGGUUUACUUACGUCAACCUUCAAAAAGUUCAUCGUCAACAUGAUGCUUAUUUCAUCCAAAUGCUUCAGAAGUGUCGAUUUGGGAUCCCAUUCACAACAGACGAGAUCACAACGCUGAUUAAUCAUCCCCAUAAUGUUGAUAAAGCAACAAAACUCCUCUGCACAAGGCGCGAGGUUGCCGAGAUCAAUUCGAAUAGUUUUCGAAAGCUCAAGACCCCCGUCUACAUGUACAAAGCUUUGGAUGGUUUCGAAUGCGGGCAAAAACAGCACUUGAAGUUCGACCGCUAUACCACUCAAGAUGCGGAUGGACACUUAUUAGCAUGCAAGGACCACAGGCUAGAACAGAGCGUUUCAUUGAGGGUAGGUAUGCUUGUUAUAUUGCAGGUGAACCUUGACAUUGAAGGCGGUCUCGUCAAUGGAAGCCAAGGUGUUAUUUAUGGAUUUGAAGAAUUCGACCUUACGAAGUUUUUAGGUGGCAAGUAUGACAGAGACGCGACGCCUUCGUUCAAACUGUUCAGUGGGGGACAUGUAGCAUUCAAGCGAAGACAAGUGACGGAAUUCAUGAAAGUUCAGCAGAAGGCAACACGAGGACGUAUGGGACCGAUUGCAAAGACGUUCUGGCCACGAGUGCUGUUCCACAAUGGAAUGAAGUGCACUAUAUAUGCUGCAUGUCUUGUCAAUGCAAUCGGUGACACAGAACCAUAUUCCUUCUUGCACAGAACCCAAAUUCCUCUGAUACCUGGUUGGGCAAUGAGCGUCCACAAAAGCCAGGGUAUGACCCUAGACCGUGUGAUCGUAGAUCUGUCCAAAGCUUUUGUGGCAGGCCAAGUUUAUGUCGCUUUAUCAAGAGCAACAGGCCUUAAAGGUCUCAGGAUUGACGGCGAUAGAGAAGCACUUACGGCAUCGUUUGAAGGUGACAGGUCUGUGCAGGACUUUUUGAAGAAUAAAUUCGGGAUGAAUCUGUGGCACAAUUACUACUAA